AUGGCCAGGCAUGCAAACUUCACAUCCUACGAAGUCAAGUUCACAGAUCAGAUCCGUAAUUGCGAAGAUGUGCUACUCGUUGAGACGUUGGGGCUUGCACUUUUGGCAUGUGACCCUGGCCGAGAGACGUGGAAUACCGUCAUGGGUUAUUUCGUCGAUAGUGAUGAGCCUGACCCCAAUGCUGAGCUCUAUGCCUACAAGUACAUAGACAAUUCUCUGCCAGACUCACAUUCUCUUGUGCGCAUCAAGAUUAUUGGCUUCGACUCCGAGCUCCGGACGUUGGGCCUCGAGUUCCAUGAGCCUACUUCCACGUUGUUCGUCACGAACCACCAGCGCCUAGGCUCUCGUAUUGAGAAAUUCCAUUUGGACCUCGAUACACUCACGGCCAUACACGUGCGCUCUCUUUCGCACCCAUUAAUUCGCAGUCCUAACUCUAUCACGGCGCUCAGCGAGUCUGAGCUCUUUGUUACUAAUCAGCAUCACUUCACGGCUCGGGAUCACCCUCGCCUGCUUUGGAUGUUUGAGACAUAUGUCGCACCACCAAUUGCAAGCGUCGUUCAUGUGCGCGUCUUGGAAGACGGAACCCUCGACGCUGCUGUAGUUGCGCGUCAGUCCUAUCCUAACGGCAUCGCCCUACUCAAUGAUACAACUCUUGCAGUGGCGGCCACAAACAAGCGUACUGUCCAUCUGUACGGCGUUUCCACCGGCGAUACCCAAUCCACUCAUCCAACCCUCAAACUCCAGGAAACCAUCUGGCUACCUUUCCUGCCGGAUAAUCUCGCCGUCUCGAAAAGCGAUGGUGCGCUGCUCAUCGCGGGGCACCCGCACUUGCCGAGCCUGAAUAAAUUUGCACGCUCGCGGCAAGCCUGCAACAGGCCAGAGCUACUCGCGGAAGGUGGGCCAAAGGUUCAAGAAAUGUGCGCCACCCUGAGCGCGGCGUCGUGGGCAAGCGAAUGGACGCCCGAGACUGGGGUCAAACAUAUAUAUGCUGGGUGGGAGUACCCGUCGAGCGCAUCGGUAGUGAGGGACAGGGCGAGGGGUGUUGGGAUUGUGGCCGGACUAUAUGCGAAGGGAUUAUUCGUUUGGCGUGAUUAA